UUUCGUAAAUUUAAUAUCUUACUAAUAACUAAUUAGUGAUUUGUUGUCGCAAAAAUUUCAAUUAUUCGAAACUGGGACACAUCAGCGAAACAGCACGUACGGUCGUCUCGAGACAUCGCGUAUUUUUGUGCGUCACUGUGAUUUUGCUGAAGUUCGCUGCUUUUCCUUCGCGUGCGCACUCGCGCUCCGCCAUGUUCUGACACCGAAGAAAAGUUCAAUUUUCCUCCAAAAAUCUCAAGCAUUCCAAUACCGGGACCGAUCAUGUUUCCGAUCCGGCCACCGACGGUAUUCGUCGUGUUUGCGCUGUUGGCUGUUCGCGCUGUUCAAGUGGCAGCCAGGAUACACACUUUGCCGAUACACGACGACGAUCGGCGGUUCAUAGCACUGACCACUUUUGGAUUUUUUCGUGGUGGACUGUUGGAAGUGGAAAUAGUAGACUUUUACCUGCCUCCUGACAGCCUAAAUGAAACCCAUGGCUUGCUGCUUGAAAAGUCCCUAUUUGACGAAGGGAAUCCUUAUAUUGAUUCUCAACAAGAAAUCUGCCCAAUUGAAUCUCCUAAUUUACUUGAUAUAAGAAAGAAUUCUAACCUGGCAGUUUUCAGGUUUAAUUUUCCAAAAAAACUCGUUACCAUUAAUUGUUCAGAUUCCAUGGAGCCAUUUUAUUUAUUCGAAAACAUGGAUGACUUCAGAAACAACCAGAAUGAUAUUGAAGAUGAUACUAAAACAAGUCACUUAAACAAAACUUUACCAAUUACAAAUGGUACUCAACCAGACAGUUAUAACAUAAAAUUUGUUGUUUAUGUGAAAACGAGAUCAAAUGAAGGAUUAUAUAAUUUAUAUUACCACAACUGUCCGAAUUAUGCCACAUUGCCAAAAUCUAAACAAAGUUUUACGGUCACUAUAAGUGAGAUAAAUGCUGAUGGAAAUUAUUUAUCAGCUGGUGACAUACCAUUGCCAUCUUUGUAUUUUUCUAUGUCUAUUGUAUAUUUUAUCACCGGUGUAUUGUGGGUUUAUUUCUUAUACAGAAGCACUUAUCCUGUUUACAAAAUACACUACCUGAUGGCUUUAUUAGUGUUUCUAAAAGCAGCAACUUUAUUUUUCCAUGGUUUGAAUUUCCAUUUCAUUCAAGUCAAAGGGCAGCACAUUGCAACAUGGGCUUUUGUCUACUAUGCAAUUCACUUAUUGAAAGGAUCAGUUUUAUUCAUAACAAUUGUUCUAAUUGGUACUGGAAUGACGUUCGUCAAACAUGUUUUGUCGGAUAAGGACAAAAACAUCUUUAUGAUUGUUAUACCAUUACAGGUAUUAGCUAACGUAGCCUAUGCUAUUAUUCAAGAAUCCGAAGAAGGAGAUAUGCAGCACAAUGCUUGGUUGGAUUUGUUUUUACUUGUCGAUUUCAUGUGCUGCGCUGCAAUUUUGUUUCCCAUUCUUUGGUCUAUACGACAUCUACAAGAAGCAUCACAGACGGAUGGUAAAGCAGCAAUAAAUUUACGCAAACUAAAGUUAUUUCAACAAUUUUAUGUUAUGUUAGUUUCUUACAUUUAUUUCACACGCAUAUUGAUUUAUAUGCUUAGAAUGACAGUUCCAUUUCAUUUGUUAUGGCUUAAUGAAUUCUCAAGAGAAACUGCAACGUUUAUUUUCUUUGUAAUGACUGGAUAUAAAUUCCGACCGACAAUUGCAAAUCCUUAUUUCCAAGUAGCAUCAGAUGUGGACGAUGAUGACGUAGACAUUGUAAUUAGUCAUUUUGGAUCUGGCGUUAGUAACCGUGCUAGAAAGAAAGCAAACAAUGGUGGGGAAACUGCUGAGGAUGAAAUCAUGUUGGUGGAGUCAUCGUCGUGAUAUAAUAGAUAUUGUAUUUCUAUGAUACCAAGACUGAUCCAAUUGAUUCGUGAACCUUUGCCGUGUCUUCUAGUCUUUCUUUUUUUUAAGAGUAGACAAAAUUGUUGCAUUUGUACAAAUUUGUACUAAACUAUCGCACAACGUUUUACUGUUUGUUUAUUUAUGUAAUAAAUAUAAGUCAAUCACUUUGUUACAAUAUUGUCAAUAGUAUGAGGUUUGAUUGAAUUUUUUUUGUAAUUUAUUAGAUUUAAGUCUAUGUUCCUUAGGCGUUGUUGCUAUGUAUUAUAUUUUUUAUUAUGAAUACUAACAAAUUGUGAAUUAUCAACAAUUAAUGCAAUAGUGAAAAAAAAUAUAGGAACAUUAUUUUAUUGUAUGAAAUAGAACUUAUGUUAUAUUAUUAAUUAAUAUGGUGCUUAAUCGAAUUUAAAUAAUACAAUAAAAUAUCUGGUUGUUAAUAAGACGAAUACACAAACAUUAAAUUUUGCAAGUACUUAUACAUUAUAUAAAACCUUUCUAUUUGAUGUAUUUCUGUGAAAAUUUAAAAUAGGUUUAGUUAGAUACAUAUUCAACUCUUCUAUGGUAUUAUAAACCGAGAAAAAAAAAUUAGAAUUGAAACAAUAAUUCUCCCUGAUCUCCUAAUGACUUAUUUUAAUAAAGAUUUUCGUACCUAAUGAUGCGAAAACAGAACUAUACCGGAUUACCGAAUUUAAAAACAUUUUGUAGGUAUAUUGUUUUAGAUGAAGAUACAAAUAUAAUAUUAAUAUUUCAAUAUCGACACUUAGUCAAUCUGAAUCAUACAUAAAAAGCAAUAAUAUUUUAUAAUAUAAUGACAAUGAUUCAGUGGUUAUGUUACCUAUAAGCACAAUGUACAUAACAUUUUAUCUACAUUGUGCCUAAAGGUAUAGUUAUUAAUUAGAGUUCCAUUUUUGUAUUAAGAAUUUAUAGGGGAGAAGAGCCAAAACUUGCACAACUUUGCCAAUUAUAUCUGAUAUUUAACUGUAAAUUAAGAAUAUUUUUGUGUCAUUAGACAUGAGAGACAAGAUCUUUAGG